AUGGCUGAAGAAGAGGAAGCUGCUCGCCCCACCGAGAAAGUUACCCGGAUCCAGAGGGUCUUUAUAAACCUGCUGGACUCGUACAGCAGCGGAAACAUUGGGAAGUUUCUAUCCAACUGUGUCGUGGGGGCGUCACUUGAAGAAAUUACAGAAGAGGAAGAAGAGGAAGAUGAAAACAAGCCCAUCGUCCCAGAUGCCUCUUCGGUCAAACUGAAGGAGGGCACCUUCCAGAUUGUGGGCACGGUGUCCCAGGCGGAAAACGCCCAGACCAAAUUCGCGGUGGAGACCUACCACGCCAUCUCUCGAGAAGACCUGCUCCUGCGCCUGCUGGAGUGUGACGUCAUCAUCUACAACAUCACCGAGAACCCGCAGCAGGUGGAAGAAGCGGUCUGGGCCGUCUCUGCACUGAGUGAAGAAAUCAGCCGUUUUGAAAAGCGCAAGGUAUUUAUUUUGGUAUCCACGGUGAUGACCUGGGCCCGGUCCAAGCCCCUGGAUCCAGAAGAUUCGGAGGUUCCAUUCACCGAAGAAGAUUACCGAAGAAGAAAGAACCAUCCGAAUUUUCUGGACCACAUUAAUGCUGAAAAAAUGGUUCUCAAAUUUGGAAAAAAUGUGAGAAAAUUCGCAACCUAUGUAGUGGCUGCUGGACUUCAGUACGGAAUGGAAGGAGGCAUCCUACACAGUUUUUUUAAGAUAGCUUGGUUGGGUGAGGUCCCUGCAUUACCGGUUUUUGGAGAUGGAACGAAUGUGAUCCCAGCAAUUCAUGUUCUUGAUCUAGCCGGAGUCGUACAAAACAUAAUAGACCACGUGCCCAAGCCACACUACCUGGUGGCCGUGGACGAGUCUGUUCUCACGCUGGAAGACAUUGUCAAGUGCAUCAGUAAAAGUACUGGCCCUGGGAAAAUCCAGAAAGUACCAAAAGAAAAUGCUUUCCUAACCAAGGACUUGACACAAGAGAGCCUGGACCACUUGCUGGUCAGUCUGAGGAUGGAAGCACUGUAUGUGAAGGAGAAUUUUAACAUCCGCUGGACCGCCCAGUCAGGAUUCGUGGAAAAUAUCAACAGCAUCCUCAAGGAGUACAAGCAGAGCAGAGGCUUACUGCCCAUCAAGAUUUGCAUCCUCGGCCCGCCUGCCGUGGGGAAGACCAGCAUCGCCGAGGCUCUGUGCAAGCACUACAAGCUGCAUCACAUUAAAUUAAAGGACGUCGUCUCUGAAGCCAUAGCAAGACUGGAGGCGAUUGUUGCACCUAAGGAAGGAGAAGAGGAAGAAGUGGAAGAGGAGGAGGAAGAAGAGAAUGUGGACGAAGCCCAGGAGCUCUUGGAGGGCGUCAAGGAAAGCAUGGAGCAGAACUCAGGCCGCCUGGAAGAUCAAUAUAUCACUAGAUUUAUAAAGGAAAAACUGAAAUCCAUGCCUUGCAGGAAUCAAGGUUACAUUUUAGAUGGUUACCCAAAGACCUACGAUCAAGCCAAAGACCUGUUCAGCCAAGAUGAUGAAGAGGAGGAAGAAGAGAUCCGAGGCAAAGGAUUUCCCUUCGAUAAAGUAAUCAUACCAGAAUUCAUCUGUGCGCUGGACGCCUCAGACGAGUUCCUGAAGGAGCGGGUGAUGAACCUCCCCGAGAGUGUGGUGGCAGGGACCCACUACAGCCAGGACCGUUUCCUGCGGUCACUGAGCAACUAUCGGGAAAUCAACACCGAUGACGAGACGGUCCUCAACUAUUUUGAUGAACUUGAAAUCCACCCAGUACAAAUCGAUGUAGGAAAACUUGAGGAUGCUCAGAACAGACUUGCUAUCAAACAGCUCAUCAAAGAGAUCGGGGAGCCUCGGAAUUAUGGCUUGACAGACGAAGAAAAGGCAGAGGAGGAGCGGCAGGCUGCAGAGGAGCGCCUGGCCAGGGAGGCGGCGGUGGAGGCAGAGCGUGAGCGGAAGGAAGCUUCGGAGCUGGCGGAGAGGCUUGCUCGCUGGGAGGAGUGGAAUAAACAAUUAGAGGAAGUGAAAAGAGAAGAGAGAGAAUUACUAGAAGCUCAGUCUGUCCCCCUGAGGAACUAUCUGAUGACCUACGUGAUGCCCACUCUCAUGCGAGGCCUGAGUGAGUGCUGCAAGGUCAGGCCAGAUGACCCUGUCGAUUUUCUGGCAGAGUAUCUCUUCAAGAAUAACCCUGAGGUGGAGUGAAACUUUAAAGAUCUCACAUCCUACACCUUCAAAGAG